AUAUUACUUGGAAUCACGAUAUUUUCGUAUUAAAUCAAAAUGUGUAAGGGACACGCGAUUAUGUUACAGAGAGAUAAUGUAUCAAUACUGCGUUUGAAGAAAUAUUAAAACUUAAAAAUAGGUAAUAAAAAGAUAAAAUUUAAUAAAGAAUUCAAAUUGUGAAUUAUGUAAUAGUAUAUAGCGUACUUUUCUAAUGUACUUGAAAUAUAAAAAAAGUACACGAUGCAUUAUCCCGUACCUUCAUCUUCGAAAAGACAAAACGGGACACAGCAAACUGAAAUAUAUUAAAAAUAAAACCUAUAGGGACCUGUUAUGUUUUAUAUUGUGUUUAGUUAAAAAUGUAUUUUAAAAAAUCACAUCACCUGGAAUCCCGACAUUGAUGUGUAAACAAAAACAAUGAAUAAAUGAAUACAUUAUAUAUUA